UUUUAUCUUCUUCAAGCAUCAAGCAAGUUAAAGUUUCGUUAAGUUUGAAAAUCAAAAAGAAAAUUAGUUUAUUUGUAGGUACUGAACAUGUUUUUAACUUGGUCAUCUUUUAAUAACAUAAGGAUGCUCCUAAUGGCUUGCAUGCCUAUUGUUAUAUUCUAUUUGAUAUGGUUAGUCAAUACUUCAGAAGGAAUACGCAGUGAAGAAGGAACACUCUUGGAUCUAAUCUGCUGGCCUGAUGGGAAUGCGAUCCCUGUCAUCAUAGCAUGCGGAUCUACUGUGGCAGUUGUUAUUGAGUUAUAUGGAUUGUACCAACUGUUUAAAGCCGGGUUGCCGAAGAGAGAGUAUAAUGUAACAAAUGGGCUUUAUUAUUAUGUGUGGGCUCUCAUCAUUAUCAUUAUAAUUUUCCUGGCGAUUAUGUUUUAUUCUGGACUUCAAUCAACUAUCAUCAGAGCAAAAAUAAAGGGCGGUAUCACGAAAGCGAUGCUCAGGUACUCCACACAUUUGCCGUCCAAAGUGGCUGUGGACCGCUUGCAGACGCGCUUCCAUUGCUGUGGCCGAGUCAACUACCAGGAGUGGUUCUUCAUACCUUGGUACACCGCUGGACAGAGCACAGAUAAUAAUAUAUCCUCACUAUCGCAUCGCAAGUUCGUGGCGGAUGACGUGCCUUACAGCUGUUGCUCUAUGACAGCGAUGUGGCCUUGCAUCCACCAUGGGAUCACGCAGGUCGGGAAAAUUUACAAGUAUGAUCCAUCACAACAGUUAACAAUUUGGGAAGAUGGUUGUGAAGAAAAAUUAAUAGGCGAAAUGAUGUCGGUCUCCUGGCGUUUUAAUUCAGUAAUGGCUCUUAUAAUAAUAGCGAUGAUUUUGCAAAUCAUAGCAGUUCGUUAUCUCCACACUGCGUACAAAAAUGGUCUUCACGUCAGAAACCAAAUCACUUGCGAAGCAUACUUGCUCCGGUCUAAUACAGACACGAAAGUGGACAGAGGGACUAAAAAGAAAUUGUUCAAGAAAAGAUUUCGCCAAGCUCGCACUCUACAAUGGAUGACCGCAACGUAUCAUCCGAAAGGACGAUGUGCGACAUCAUCGGGAUCAGAUUUUAAUAGCUCUGAUGAAUUAUUGAAACCUAUUUAUGAAUAAAAUGUGAUAAUAUUAACCACUUCUAUAAACUGGGUUGCCAUAUUUUUAAGCAUGCUCGUACGUUUGACUAGAAGUGCGCGAACACCGAGCAUGCAUCUCACAUGCGUCACGUCGCGCAAGCGUACGAAUUUGUUUUCACUUUUAAAUAAAUAGGAAUGUAGGUACCUUACUACCU